GCUUCCUCUAUUUCCCUCGCAACCACCAGCUUACUCAACAGUGAACACUACUCUUAUCUCCCUCUCUCUUUCUCUCUCUUCUUUCUCUCUCCUCUCUCUCUCUCUCUCUCCAUAACCAUGGCGCAAUCUAUGUGUUUUAGUCCCAUAACUUCAGUUAGCAGCAGCCCAUUAAAACCAGGGGCUUUAAUUGGAAAUAAUUCUGGUAUUGUAAAGAUUGUUCAAGGAUUACCCAAAUUGGGUUCUGCAAGAUUUCAAUCCAUUGAGGUUAAGGCAGAAGACCAAAAAACCUACAGUGGCAGUGCAGGCACCAAGACAAAUAGCAUAGUGUGUGCUGCAUGUGACGGAAAUGGUGCAAAGUUAUGUACACAGUGUGAGGGAGAAGGUGUGAACUCCCAAGAUCAUUUUAACGGACAGUAUAAGGCUGGUGGAUUAUGUUGGCUUUGCAGAGGGAAAAGGGAGAUUCUGUGUGGAGACUGUAACGGGGCUGGCUUUAUAGGUGGAUUUAUGAGUACAUUCGACGAGUGAGGGCCUUUGAAAGGAUUAAAGAAUUUCUGUUGUAUAAUUGAAGCAGGGUUAUGUAAUCACUAUGGAUCAGUAGAUAGAAAUUUCUGUUGUAUUAUCAUUUUGACAUGUUUUCUUUACUAGUAUCGUGCUGAAAGUUGUAACAAAGUACAACAGUUUUGAAUUUUUAACGCGUUUUAUGCAAGAA